GGUGUCGCGUGACGCACCAAUCAGCGCGCGCUCUCGCGGAGCGCGAGUCAGUCAGAAACACACAGGACAGAGAGCCCGAGGUGACUUAAGAUAUUGCACGGUUUUGUCAUGAUUUAAGAAAGAUAAAGUCGUAUUUCACCCAUGAGAUUUAUUCCAGUGACUUUGGGAAAUACGCUUUCGUUUAAAAGUUCGUGGUUAUUUUUUCUUGCUCCCGAUCUUUUUGUGAUGGAUCCGGUUCAAGGUCUUUUUCGUGCACAGUGAGCGUUCAAUGCAGCACACGGACCAUCAUCGCGCUUUAUGGACUUGACUGUUAAUGAUGUCUAUGAGUUUCAUGUCUGAUACGCUAAAUAGUUCAGAUCCUUCAAAAUCAGCAUUUUUAGAGUUCGGCCACGGACUUCCAACCAACCAGCAGCAUUUAUCCGGAUUCUCGCACAAUAUUUACCCAGUACAUGGACUGCACUCAGCCGGACACCUCCAGCACGAUGGUCCCUACUCCACCGCUUCCCAUUACAGCCGGCCGCUGGGAUACGCCUACCCCGGGCCGGUGAGCGCGCCUGCUCCGGGGGCUUACGUGCCUUACCAACCAAACAACCACAGCAGUUCUUUAGCUCACACGAGGGCUCAGGACACGAACCACGAAAAGCCAGCGGUCAUUGAGAAUGGUGAAAUUCGCCUCAAUGGCAAGGGGAAGAAGAUCCGCAAACCGCGAACCAUUUACUCCAGUGUUCAGCUGCAGGCGCUCCACCAACGCUUCCAGCAAACCCAGUACCUCGCGCUGCCUGAACGCGCAGAUUUAGCCGCCAAACUGGGACUCACACAAACACAGGUAAAAAUAUGGUUUCAAAACAAGCGCUCCAAAUAUAAGAAGAUAAUGAAGCAUGGGCCCGGUGGACCUGAAGGGGAGAUGCUCCACACCACGUCCUCGUCCUCUCCCUGCUCUCCGGGUCUGUCUCAGCUCUGGGAGGUCUCCAUGGCCAACAAAGUGCCAUCCAUGCACCCAAGCAGCUACAUGAACAAUUAUGGCCACUGGUAUCCCUCACACCACCAGGAUCCUCUGGCCAGACCUCAGAUGAUGUGAUUGACACCUCAGGUGUGGACAAACCUGUGAAGGUGCUUUCCUUCGCGACUGCAUCAUGUGUUUUAUUGCUUGGUGUGUUUGAAAGGACUGUGUUUUACUCUCUAUGCAAGCAGAUGACCCUGAACACACAUA